UGUCAGCAGCUGCCUUGCCAUGACCUCCUGGGCCCUCCUGCUCCUCGCCUCGGUGCUCCUGGGCACCCCAGGUCUGACCUAUUCUGGUCUGAUCCCUGAGGACCAUGAUGACCUGUCCAAGGCCGACAUUUGUCAGGAAGAGCAGUUCUUCAGGAGACUGGCCCAGGAGGCUGCCCAGGGCGACCCGCAGUUCAACCAAUGUGAUAUUUGUCGAAUGAUAAUGACUUGGCUGAGGACUUGCGUGGGACCGUCCCAGAUUCAGGGAGCCAUUGACAAGGCUACAACAGCGGUGUGCUCAAAGAUUCCAGCGGUGGAAGACAUCUGCAAAGAUAUCCUCACCAGAUUUUUGUGUGGGGUUGCCCAGUUUUUCCUGAAUAGUGAUCCCUCCAGGGAUAUCUGUGUGACCUUCAGGAUGUGCAGACCUCAAGUAGGUGUCCAAGGAGCUGGGACCUUACUGCACCCCGGGGAGAAGCACAGAGUCUCCAGCAAGCACCGCCAGCUCCUGCCUUCCUAAAUCCAGGACGGACCCUCCAGUUUCUCUC